CUAGUUGAGAUCCUCAGCGUUAUAUCAGCUCCCCCAGUAUACACUGUAGCAUACUUUACUAUUGGCAUGUAGAGCCUGACUUCUUAGAUUCUGCCUUCACAGGAAAUUGGAAAUUGUGGAUGGAUUUACAUUUCUGCUGGAUAUAAUUAUUUAGGAAUCCUGAGUGCAUUCUUUUGCACGGUGCUGUGUGAACCCAAAGUGGGCCCCCGUCUAAAGUGAAUCAGGAAUAAGUCUGUAGUGAAAUCUUUGAGAGUUUUGAAUCUUAACAACUUCUCACCAGCUUCCUUAACCAAAUAUCUAGGCUUGAGUACGAAUUGAUUCUACCAUGACAAGGUUUCUCUGGGAUAAUUUUUUACACUCGGAGAUGAGGGUUUAUCUCUGAUAAAAGAUUCGGUGUAAAUCCCUGCCUGCUCCGUCCUCUGACAAGAGAGAUGGAGAAACAGGUCAAACAAAAGCAAACCUCUAGCACAGAAUUGUCGGAUGAUUUUGAUGUGAUUGUGAAUGAAAUCAAUGACUUUAUUGCUAUUUUAGAGGAGAGAGGACAGCAGAGGGAGGAAGAAGAAAAAGCUGCCAAACAGCAGGCGGUCUGCCCCACCCCAGGGGAUAACAAGCCCGAGGGGGAGGCAGAGGAAGGAGGAGUGCUCACUGGGGAAUCGGAGGACUCCACCCCUUUUGUGUCUCCACGAAACACUAUCAUAAGAGUUGAGGUUGAUAAACAGGAAACACAUGAAGACGAACCAAUUUACGAGGAGUUUCAGGACGUUAAGGAGAAUGCGUACGAAGCGAUAAAUGUCACACGCACACAUGUGACAGCCACCGCCACAGCCAAUCUCAUACCACAGGCCAAGAAACCGGAACCUCCUCCGCCUCUUAGCAAAAAACCCGAGCCUCCUCCCCCGCUCAACAAAAAACCAGAAAUCAAACCAAAACCAAAAUUCAUCAAGAUGGUGGAACCAAACCAACAGCAACCAAAGCGGGUGAAGGCUCUCCACAACUUCAAAGGCACAAACAAUGAUGAGCUGUGCUUUUCGAAGGGUGACAUAGUGACCGUCACGCAGACGAUGGAAGGAGGCUGGUGGGAAGGAACGUUGAAUGGAAAAACAGGCUGGUUCCCUAGCAACUAUACCAAGGAAGUGAAAGGAGAAUUGAUGGGUGUGUUACGACACUCAGUGACGCCUAAAGGUGCAGCAGAGGUGCCGGUAUUUAAACGAGAGAGUAUGCCGUACUAUCAUAACGUUGUACUUCAGAAUGUGAUCGACACAGAGAAGACCCAUGUCCAAGAAAUGACCAUGGUUCUGCAGACAUAUAUACAGCCUAUACAGGGCUCCAGCAUAUUAACACCUACAGAAUAUUUACAAUUAGUGGGAAACCUUGAAGAAAUUGUUGCAUUCCAAAAUAAUUUUCUAAACUCUUUAGAAGAAUGUGCAAAAUGUACACCCCAUCAACGACGGGUAGGAGGAGCCUUUAUGAAGCAUGCCCCCCGACUAAAGGAGUUGUACCUGGCCUACUGUGCCAAUCAUCCUCGUGCUGUGGCGAUCCUCCAGAACAAAAGGGAGGAGCUGAGUAAAUUCAUGGAGAGUAUAGGGGCCACAAAUGCUGCCAUGGCCCUUACCACUAACCUAUACAAACCCUUCACACGCCUCGACAAAUAUCCAAGUCUGCUCAAGGAACUGGAACGCCAUGUGGAGGAAAGUCAUGUUGACCGCGGUGAUACACAGAGGGCCAUAGCAGUAUAUAGAGACAUUGCUAAUGCAUGUAUGGAUGUAAGGAAGUUAAAGGAAAUGGAGUAUGAAAUACUAACAAGUGCAAUAAAAGGCUGGGAGGGUGAGGAGAUGACCAAACUUGGAGAGGUUGUCCAUCUCUCACACGUCCAGGUGGAGACUCUCGCAGGAGAUAAGUGUGACCGCAUCUUUGUCCUGUUUCCCAGCGUCCUUGUCAUGUUGUCCAUGAGUCCACGCCUCAGUGGCUAUCAGUAUGAGGGCUCACUUCCACUCAGUGGUAUGACUGUUUGUCUGUGUGAGGACGAGUCAGAGAAUCAAGAGUCACACAGCUUUGAAAUAUCAGGGAAUAUGAUAGAGGAGAUCAUUGUUACCUGUGGGACAACGACAGAGGCUACCUCAUGGGUGGAGGCUUUAAAACAACAAGUCAGUCUGUCACUCACCUCAGGGACCACCAAACCACAGAGCUUACAGAUAUCUACAUCCCAGCCAAGCAUUAGUCAGCUGACCCAGGCCAAGACAGCCAAGAUGACCCAUUCCACGUGGAGCACGUCUUGUCUACGGCCCUCACCACCUCUCCGACAACACCUCAUCUGUAAGGAGGAGGUUAUUCGCAGUCCACGUAUGGGUCGAAAGCCAGUCCGCCGGAAACCUGUUCGGACCCAUUCUCAGGAUGAGUAUGACUACAAAUGCAAAUGGAGACAGUACGAUCCUCGUACAAUGGAAGAAGAUGCCGUUAUACUAAAAGUAAUUGAGGCCUACUGUACAAGUGCUAAGACAAGACACACUGUCAACUCAUCAUUGGCAAAGGAAAAAUUUAGUCUGGUACGACCACUGCCUAACCCUAACCUCAGUCCUAUUAAUGAAUCAACACAGGACGGCACAGCACCAGUUAUUUCUUUGAAGAAAUGCAAGUACAGUGAAAAUGAUUCAAAAGCCAUACCGAAAGAAUCUAUAAAUGUGGUGAAGCCGAUGUUGCCAGACGCGAGUCCAGGUGUUCGACGCGAUGUCGGUACCCAAGCUUUGCUCACCAGUCCACAUGUAUUGAUAGCCGAGGAAGAGAAGAUCAUCGUUGAUGAAGGCGACCCUUCCACCAUCCAGGAAAAAACCCUUGUGGAUACGGUAUACUCCUUACGGGAUCAAGUGAAAAACCUAGAACAGGAGCAAAAGAAGAUGAAGAGGGAACUGGAUGAAGAAACAAAGGCGCGGAAGCGUCUAGAGACAAAAUUUCAUAAAGCAUUAAAAAACCGAACUGAUUUACCAUGGGAUGAAAAUAUGACAUAGUGACAUUGGAUAGUAAUAUAUUUAUAUAAAUCUACGGUAGAAUCUAUAUACAGAGUAGGUCGUGUGUGCUGGAAUAUUUUCAGGAUCACAAGAAUCGUUCAAAACAAUGUUUGAAUGAUAUUGGAAUCACAGGAAUCGGUCACAACAAUGUUGGAAUAUUUUCAGGAUCAAGGAUUUGGUCACAAUAAUGCUGGAAAAUUAUCAGAAUCACAGAAGUCGGUCACAACAAAGUUGUAAAAUUAUCGGAAUCACAGAAGUCGGUCAAAACAAUGUUGGAAUAUUGUUGGAAUCACAGGAGUCGGUCACAACAAAAAUGUCACAACCAAUAUUGCUACAGUUCCAACUGUGUCUUAUCAUUACAACUGUCAGUGCUGGAGAUCAUAUGUGAGGUGUCGGGAUUGUGCCAAUUUCUAUACGUCUAUCACACCGGUAGUUUGUGUCAUUACAGGAUCCACACGGAUUUCAAAUAGUCUCUUCAUCUUCAAUUUCAUACAUUCGUGUUCUCGGAUAUUGCUCUCUUUAGUGAGGAAACCGCUUCCGCAAAUUCUAAAAUAUUGAUGUGUGAAUUAAGUCCAACUCAAACGUUUUAGAAAGUGAUAAUGAAUUUGUGUGCUUUUUGUGUAAAAAUAGGUGAUGGUGGGUUUCUGUGAUUUAUCAUUUAAAUAAAAUAUUUAUGAGAACUGUUACUAAGUUAAAAUUCAAUUCUCACCGAUCCCAUUUACUGUGUUCAAGGGAAACCACUCUGAUUCUACACUGGAAAAACUCAAAUAUGUUGGGUUCCUCGUGAUUAUUCAUCGCUGCUUUAAAGAAUUUCUGACUUGUUGGAUACGUAAUUUGUGAUUUUUAAUGUUGAACUGUGAUUUCUUACUGAAUAUCUUAAAGACAUUAUCUACAUUUAAACUUGUAUACCAUUAAAAUAUAUAUAAAUGUACGUGUAGACAUCCUUCACUAGGCUGGUACCCCAAUCCCCCUGUGAUUAAAACUUAUAAUUCUGUAAAUAGGAAUAUUACUCCGUACCCAGUCUAGUGGUGUAAAGUUUUGUAAGCUAAACUUGAUAUCUCAUUCUGAAUUAACAAACUUUCCCAUAUGUGUGUCACAUCAUUUUGAAUUUCAGACGAGGACAUUUUUUACAAUUUAAAUUUUUUUUGGUGGAUGUUUUGUCUCGAUGCCUAUUUUUUUAUUCCUUGAUACUAGCACUUUAUUCUGACAGAGGUAAAUUCUAACAGAAAACAUUAAACAACUUUUAGAAGGAUACCAGCGAGUCUCCAGUGUGAGGCCAAUAAUUACAAAUGUCACUUUUGUUUAUAGUAAUCCAAACCGAGUGAACUGUUGCAGUGUAAUUGUUAAUUUUGAAAUUAUGGAAAUUAAGCCCCAGUAUUCUGACAAAGAGUUUCAUACAAGGCAUAUUGGAGUAUAUUUGUUAAUUUUGCUAUUGGGGAAAACUCCAGUAUUCGGAGGGUUACAUUCUUACUAGGCAUUGACAUUCAGUCAAGGUUUGUCGAAGUUGUUUGGAAGAAGAUAAAUAAAUGAAGAGUCCUUAUCAUAAAUUUAUUCUAUACUUUACAUUAAUAGCUUUGAAACUUAAUACCAAUUAGUUCAAAAAUACACUAUCCCAUCUUCUGACAGAACAGGGGAGACAACUCGGCAAAAAUACACUAUCCCAUCUUCUGACAGAACAGGGGAGACAACUCUGAUAGCUGAGUUGCUCGAAUUUUAUUGCCAAAUUUUGUCCUAUUAUUAAUCAUAUCAAGUAGAGCCAACAGUUGGUCCGCUCAAUAACAUUCUGUCCACAUGUUUUAAUGGUGAUUAAUUAAUGUCCGAAAAGCUCAAUGAAUACUUAACCGUCCUAAACAUUGUCGUACCAAAUCUAAAGAUCAAUGUUACGAGGCCAAAUUGAGGUUACAGACACCAUAAUACCUUAUGUCCAGUAGAUCUGAGCUGCUGAAAUCAAUAUCUACUCGCACUGACAUUGAAAAUAAAAGUUGGGCAGUGUUAUAAUUAAGAUUUUUUGAGCUUGAUAGUAUUGUUAAAAAUAUUUAUCAGUGGUUAACUUCACAUUAAUUUUGUCUAUCAAAACAUGAUAAGAAAUAAAAAUGGCUUCCAUUAUUAGGAGGGAUGAUUGAGGAAUUUUGACAAUAUUAAUGUUCAGGAUAUGUUGUAGUAUCUGUUUCCAGUCACCCUCACAGAUAUGUCAAAGAUUUCUUUUGUAGUAUUCAGGGUUUCAAAACUCGGUUGUUUGAUAAGGUCAAUAAUGUAAAACCUGGCUGUAAGGUUAAAGGUCAAUAAUGUAAAACCUGGCUGUAAGGUUAAAGGUCAAUAAUGUAAUUUUUCCUUCAAUGACAAAGUUGACCAUUAUAAUUUAACCCAUUUUGCUGUGAUCUGGGGAAUUAUUAUUUAUCACUGUCCAAAUGGUUGGAUCAGGGUUAAGUUCGUUUCUGAAAUAAGGACAGACCAAAUGAUUUUGUUUCUCUUACAGACAAGUCUUCAUUAAGACUUUACAAGGCGCUUGUAUUUGUCUGAAAUGUUAAAAAUCAUCCAACUAUUUUGUCCAUGAUUAUGUUUUUCUUACAGACAAGUCUUCAUUAAGACUUACAAGGCUUGUAUUUGUCUGAAAUGUUAAAAACCAUCCAACUAUUUUGUCCAUAUAAAUGAAAAGGCCCCUGGAGAUUUAGUUGAGAAAGUGGUGUAAUUAAGAAUCCAUAUCAUAGAUGAUUUAGUUAUGUAGAUUAUUGAAUGGUGCAUAAUAACAUAUGAUUCACCAACUUGAUGUAUAAUUGACUGGUACGCUGUUAAUAUGUACACUGCCAAAUCUCGACAUACUGUAAACAACCAAUUUUCACGAUCAUUUUAUUUUCACCAUGUGUGCAUGUCUCGAAAAUAGCAAAUAAAUGUAAUUCAGUGAAAAAUGAGAAUAUGCCUUCAUUUUGCUAAAAUAUGUCGCCACUCAUUAUCAAUGAGAAUAAAAUAGUGAAAAUGUAUUGGUUUGCAAUACUUGUAAUGGUUUGUCAUGAUUGAGAUCAGUUUUGCCUCUUGUUUUGAAAAUGUUUUCAUGAUCAUGAAAUGAAAAUACAGGUUAUGGCUGAUAACAUAUUUAAAGUUUUAAGAAAUGUAUACGGCAAUAUAGUUAGGCCAAGCUUAAGUUUGUGUAAAUAAACAAAUGUUGUUCCUUGUCCUCAUUUGUGCCAAAACAAGAGUAUAUAUCAAAACUGAUGUAUAUUGUAAGACAUUUUAAAUAAACAAUAUGGUAUGUUUUUUGUAUUUAUAUUGAUCCAAAGUUGAAAGUGAGGAGAAUGUGCUUUAUUAAGUCUCUUUUCAUCUGUGACUUCACUUUCUAAGAAUACAUCGAUAGCUGACAUGGAAAAAUUUCUGGGGGGAGAAAAAUGUUUAAGGCUUUUCUGGCUAAAGUCGGACUUCUCCAGAAAAAAAUUUCUUCAUAUUGUAUUCUUAACAAAUAUUUGUGUUUUCUUUUCAUUUCUACACAAUUUUAUUUCAUUUUCAUCUGUAGUUGCCAUUUUUAGUCGGUUUUUAAUUGGCUCUCUGCUCCAUCAUAGUAUAAGCUGUUGGUAAGCUAUGAUGAGCUAUAAUCACUGCCAUUUGACCUAUUUAUGGGACCAGACUGUUUUUUUUUCUAGAUUGAAGUCACACAUAUGAAUAAUUUACAGGUAAUUUUGAAAUUAAUCAGGGAACUGUUUUUUCUUUAUACUGCAGAAUCAGCAUAUCAUUGAACUCCAUAAAUAUCAGACAAUUUUGUUGAUAUUAUAAACGAUUGGUUGUACAUCAGGUUAAAUAUUCACAUCCUCUCCAAAAUGCAUAAAACUGUUUUAAGCUCAAAUUGCAGUGUCUUUAGAUUUUUUAUAGAUAAGAAAAUAUUAUGUAUAUCCAGUCUAAAUUGGAUUAAAUAUUGAAUCAUUAUUAUCAUUAUAUUUUUUUUUUAAUUUAAGUUAAAUUCAUAUUUGGACUUGAUCUAGAAAUGUUCAUAUUAAUUUCAUGAACCUAUACCAAAGUCAGAUUUAUUUUCAUUUCACUUUUGUUGAAUAAGGUAUAACUAGUAUUUAUGACUUUUAAUUAUGAAAAUGUUAAUUUAAAAAUUCAUUAAGUUGGCAUCAACUGUGUUCAAGUCUUCCAUCUCUUUACAUCAGAACAUGAACACUUGUCACAUAUUUUGGGGACGUAAUUCUCCAGUAUUGUGGGGACGUAGUUCUCCAUUAGUGUAGGGACGUAGUUCUCCAGUAUUGUGGGGACGUAGUUCUCCAGUAUUGUGGGGAAGUAGUUCUCCAGUAUUGUGGGGACGUAGUUCUCCAGUAUUGUGGGGACGUAGUUCUCCAUUACUGUGGGGACAUAGUUCUCCAUUACUGUGGGGACAUAAUUCUCCAUUACUGUGGGGACAUAGUCCUCCAUUACUGUGGGGACAUAGUCCUCCAUUACUGUGGGGAUGUAGUUCUCCAUUACUGUGGGGACAUAGUCCUCCAUUACUGUGGGGACAUAGUCCUCCAUUACUGUGGGGACAUAGUUCUCCAUUACUGUGGGGACAUAGUUCUCCAUUACUGUGGGGACAUAGUUCUCCAUUACAGGGGAACAUAGUUCUCGGAUAUUAUGUCUUACUAAUACUUUGUCUCAGUUCUGUUGUAGAAAACUUACAAUGAAUCCUAAUGAAAUGUGAUAAAAUAAACCAUCACAAAUCAUA